AUGGCAGAUCUGGGCAUGUUGCUGUCUACAAACGGGAAACGAGACGUGGGAGAGGAGAAUCGGCAGAAGAAGAGUGAAGCAAAAGAAGGAGAAGGAGAGAAGAGCGAGAGGGCGAUUACCAGAGCGACACCGCAGGAAGCUCAGGUAAAUCCCCAGGUUUAUAUUCCCACGCGACGUCACGCGAAUCAAGGCCUUACGGUCGGCGCUCGUAGAGUCUUGGAGCGUCGAGUGGCCGAGGCUGGGGCUCAUGGCGGCUCGUGCGGGGGGGUGAGGCGAAGGAACAUCAGCUGCCACCACGUGGUCCGCCUCCUGGGCGUCGUGGGGGACUACGCGCCCGUGUACGUGGUGAUGGAGCUGAUGGAGGAGGGCGACCUCAGGUCCUUCCUCAAGAGGCGCUCCAUCCCGCACUUCCAGCUGGUGGAGAUGGCGGUGCAGGCGGCGGACGGGAUGGCGUACCUGGCGGCGCAGAAGCUGGUGCACCGCGACCUCGCCGCCAGGAACUGCAUGCUCGACCACAGCCUCACGCUCAAGAUCGGGGACUUCGGCCUCACCAGGAACCUCAAGUCGGACUACUACAGGAAAGAAGGCCAGGGCAUCCUGCCGGUGAAGUGGAUGGCGCCCGAGAGCCUGCAGUUCAGCGUGUACAGCACCCAGAGCGACGUGUGGAGCUACGGCGUCCUCCUGUGGGAGAUGGCCACCCGGGGCCUCACGCCCUACAAGAACCGCACCAACGACGAGGUGAUCCGCCUCGUGGUGGAGAAGUACGCCACGCUGGGGCGCCCCAGGGACUGCCCGGCGCCGCUGCAGAGGGUCAUGAGGCGCUGCUGGCGCUACGAGGCCAGGGAGAGGCCCAGCUUCCUCGCCAUCACCAAGUUCCUCCUCAAGCACACGUCGCCGGAGUUCCAGCAGCGCUUCGAGCAGGUGUCCUUCUACCACGGCCGGGCCAGCGACUACUACAGGUACCAGAGGAGCGAGACCUGUGGCUUCAUGUCGGCGCGAGAGAGCGAUGACGAGGAUUCGGACGACCUGACCUUGCACGCCUCCUCGGACCUCGACGACAACGGAGCGGCAGAGAAGGAUCCGUGCCAUCACAGGAGCCCCGGCGGGAGUCCCACCGCAAGGGAGAGCGAGAGGAAAGGGCGCAGGGGCGACGGAGGCGAGGCGAGGGCGCGGCGUGGCACCGCGGGGGCGGCAGAGGGACGGGGAGCGUUCGGGAGCCACAAGUACAUGAACUUCAGCUCCGACGAUCUGCGUCUGACCACGUCCAGGCUGCUCGGGCGAAGGACCCAGACGCCCAGCGGCCUCGCGGACAUGGCUCUGCCGCAGCGCGCCCGUCUGCCCACGCUGGUGAUCCCGCAGGAGGACGAGGAGCUGCGCUACGCCCAGUUACAGCUCCGGACGCCGAACACGCCGGGCAGCGGGACCCUCACUCCGGCCAGCAACUCCAAGUCGCCCGCCAGCACUCCGCAGACGCCGGGACUCCUGUCGGCUACGCCCCAGAUCCCCUGCACGCCCGCUUCGCCCGCCCUCUCCCCCGCCCCGCACCACAGCCUAAGCCCAGGACCCUCGCCAUAUUCAGAACCCAGUCCGUCCCACGUCAACCUGAAAUCCAGGACCUUUAAGGCAGUCCUGGCGACCCAGCGCACCUACUCGAACCUCCCUGCUUUCGGCUUGAGUCUCGAGCCCAGCAGGAGCGGCUUUGCUUCCUUCAGAGCGACGGCAAGAGAGAGCGCGUCGGUCGGCGCACUUCCGGCCACCGACGCGGACGCGAGGCGGCCAGCACUGACGUCGUCCACCAUCAGCGCUCCCGCCACGCCUGUCGUCAGGCAGCGUAGUGGCGCUGCCCCUCUCGACGCGGCUGCGACAGCUGCUCCUUGCACUGCCGGGCGAAAUGACCCCCACAGACAGGGAAAUGUCCCCAUUCUCAGGAAUUCCCAUUCAUUCCAGCAUUCCGUUGACGAAAGACACAAAGCUAAGAGGGACAAGCAGACGCCGGGGUCUAGUGGUACGGCAAGAGGGGGAACGGAGUGCCUGCUGGAGGACGAAGAUGACUCGGAUAGUUCACUGAGUAGCUUGCACGAGGUUUUUGUGACUGUGACUCUCCCAAGAGCGCGUCGUAAAGGCAAAGACUUCCAUGAGCAGGCACAAGAAGGGUAUUCUUUAGAAGACAUCGAGUUGUUGUGA